GGAAGUUCCGUUAGCUUUUCUCCUGUGUGACAGAGAAGGAAGACGGUCGUAUUGUUGUCGUCUCUCAGCUGAAUCUUUGAGCCGUUUGAGCAACCAUGUCUUCAGUUCAGUAUCUGAGAGAGUUCAUCAACGAGCGACUAACUGCUGCUGCGGAAGAAAUCUUCUCAGAGUUUGAAAAAACGAUCGUCCAGUACGAGGAAGUGAUCGACCGUCAGCGCAGACUGCUGGAUAUCACCUGGAAACCCGAGAUAAAGCUGCACACAGCAGGCCUCCAGCAGCAGCAUGUCUAUAAGGAGGAGGAAUUUCUCAUUAACCAGCAGCUCUGUAAUGAGGAGAACCGCGGGGAACCGGAGCCUCUCCAGAUCAAACAUGAACAGGAGGAUUUCUACAGCAGUCAGGAGGGACAGCAGCUUGCACUGAAGGAGGACAUUGAUACCUUUAUGGUGACUGCUGCUUAUGAGGAAAGAGCCCACGGUGAACCAGGACCAGACAGGGAGCAGCUCCUCUCUCACAGCUUCCUGAUAGCUGAGGGUCAAGAUCAGGGAGGAAGCAACUAUGUAGAUUUAGGAUCAGCACAUAGUGCAAACAGAAGUCACAGUACCGAUGCAGAAGACUCUCCCACGUCAGAGGGUCAGUGUAACACUCACAUAGGUAAAAAGUCGGUAACAUGCAAUGUUUGUGGAAAAUUGUUUAAGAAUAAAUACAAAAUACACGAACAUCACAGAAUCCACACAGGCGAGAAGCCCUAUCUUUGUGAAACGUGUGGGAAAAGUUUUACUCAAGGCGGUAGUCUGUUGGUUCACAUGAGGACCCACUCGGGUGAGAAACCGUAUACCUGUAACACCUGUGGUGAAAGAUUUUGUUACUUAUUAGCACUUAAAAAGCACAAGGCGGUGCACACAGGUGAAAAUCCAUUUUUUUGCACAACGUGCGGGAAAACGUUCACUCAAAGGGGCAGUUUGUUGGUCCACAUGAGGAUCCACUCAGGAGAGAAGCCGUAUUCUUGCAAAACAUGUGGGAAAAGUUUCACUAAAAAAUGUACUUUAUUGGUGCACGUGAGAAUUCACACCGGUGAGAAGCCAUACACUUGCAAAGUAUGUGGGAAAAGUUUUACCCAAAGAGGUGGUUUGGUAGUCCACAUGAAAACUCACGCAGGGAAAAAGUUUUAGUUCUGAAUAUUUAGCAGGGAACAGUGUAUUUAUGAAGCCGAGCUUGACAAAAGUAUCGAACCCGUUAACAGUAAAGCUUUCACAAUCAGAGCUGGCUUUACACACUUCCUGCUGCUCAAUAAAAGGUCUUUAAAAGUCUGAAAUUAAGGUCAUGACUGAUCUCAAAAGCUCAUAUAUGUUCCAUAAAUGUGAUGAAAUAAUGAAAUCUGGCAAACAAAAAAACAUCACAAUUUAAACGUCAGUUUUUCUGCGUGUUCUCGGCUCUCACCGGUGAUGAUGCAGAUUUAUGUAUAUUAAGAUGUAGUGAUGUGAACCAGCGCUAACCUAAUAGCUUACUUGUAGUCUUCUGAUAUUCUUCUAUUCAACAGCAGCCUGUAGACGAUAGCACUUAGUAUGAACACUGUAGAUGCUCACGCCUGUUUCAGAAAUGGGAAAAUAGGAGGCGGGAAGUAGAGUCCCAUAUCCAUACUGGCACUUAACAUGUCUUUAGUUCAGAUGACGAAUGAUCUCAUUCUGUAAACAUAUGAAGGUAAAACAGUAUUAGGAACUAACAUUUGUCUGAUUUUUAACUUUACAGUUAUUUAUGUUUUUUAUAUAUAUGUGUGUGUGUAAAAGCAGAAACAGUAGGUGAAGAAAAAGUGUAAGAUUUCGACUAAUGUGUUUCCCACUUUAACACACACUCACUCCUCUUCAUGAUGAAAACAAAGAUUGGGUGUAUUAUCCUGUGCGUCUGCAGCAGAGUUCAUCCUCAUUUCUGCAGCCGUGAUCGAACAAACAUGUAAAUCUAAAAUUGAAUCAUUCUCAGCAGCAGAUCUCAAACAAACUAUAAAAUAAAUAUGAAAUGACUGUUGGCCAUUAAAAAGCAUUUGGCUAGUGUAGGUGACUAAGAUGCAGCUGUAUUGUUUUUGCAGUGUGAACAGCCGCGGUGCUGUGAGUUUGAACAUAUGACUAACGAAAGGAUCAAAACUGUUUGUUGAGGAGAUUUUUGAUCAAUAUUGUGAUCAUGAUUAAUUGUUGUGAUUAUUCAUGUAUUUUAGUGACAAAAGGCAUUUACUGCAUGUAAACAUAACACUGCUUUUACAUCCAUAAUGCAACAUUCCUAAUAUUACUCACCCACAUUCCAAAAAAUAUAUAUAUAUUAACGAAUUAAUUAAAACACUUUUCCAGACCGAUAUGGUGCAAGCCUGAUGUAAGCGCAUCCACUUAACACUAAAUGUAAAGUCUUUCCCUGCAUUCACUGUACCUGCAUGAUGGAUGUAGAUCGACAGCUCUGACCUCCCUCUGCGUUUCCCUGCGUGCUUUUGCAUGCAGUGCAGGUAUCUCCUCUUCAGGAAAAGAACUGAGUGAGCGAGUCCGUGUGCUGAAACCUUUAAUGUGGACAUGACGAGUCAAUGUCGGAUAAUUCACGUCAGUAACCAUUUCUUUAUUUUUUUAGCCUUUGUGCGUCAGUCGUGCUGCAGUUCGUGGAUUGUUUUCAGGCGAUUAACCUCCUGGGACCUGCCGUCCACAUGUGGACGUCACAUUUGGGUUAUUUAGACCAAAACACUCAGUUUUGCUCUACAAGGGCCUGAUAUCCACUUACAAGGACGUUAUA